AUGAAGAUUUUUGCGCCGCUCCUUGGGGUGACGCUCGGCAAUCAAGAGAUGGACGAUAGUCCAGCUCUUCAACGUGCCGCCUCAUUCGCCGGUGGGCGCGAUCGAGUAUGUGGAUCGUACCGAUCGAUGCACAACGGAACUAUUGCCGAAACCGUCGAACUUGGGCCAGAAGAAACUUGCAUCUUCCGAUUCAAGGCCGACAACGAACAUCUUCUCGAGAUCAUCAAGCUGCAGUUGGAUGUCGACUGUGACGCUGGUGAGAUGUGGCUCUUUACUGACAAUGAACAGAUGGGACCCUUCUGUAACGACAGCAAGCGAAAGCGACGAUCUAUCCACGAGCACGGUAAUUUUGACAAUACCUUUACCCCCCAGACGACUAAACGAACAACUACUCGUCGACCAACCACGACGAGAAGAACCACGACUAGACGAACAACUAGGGCACCUCAGCCACAAACCACUAAGGCGACAACACAAGCCCAAGUGGAUAAUGAAGAACCAGAAGAGGAAACCACUUCUAAUGUCGAUCCAGGAACCCCUAGCACCUUCGAAUUCUCCAAUUCAGAUGCGUCCAUGCUCGAGGGAUCAUCUUACGACUCCUCCGAAGUCGAUAUGGUCAUGAAGAACGGCCAGCGCAUCAAGUUCUCAUUUGGCUUCAAUUUCAACUUUGAGCUCCUUCCCGGUCUUCCUACUGCUGGCAGUGGACUUUGCGGCUGGAAGAACAUCAAGGCCUCCAACUCUGCCUUUUACGCUAUCAAGGAUCAAGCUUCUGAUCCAGAACAAGCUAUGGCUGUCUAUGCUGAUCUCACCGAGAGCAUGUACGAGUUCAACUGCUACUUCGAUAAAUUCAGAAGCGAAUGCGGUGGCUCCUCUCCCGUCAAAGUCCAAUGCCAUCACACCAAAUGGGGCAACUCCGAGAAGCCCCUCCUCAAAAGCGUCGAAGCCAUCAUCGAUGCCCAAUGCGCUGACUGCUCUGCCAACGGAAUCUGCUCCGACUGGUACAGCAAGCUCGGUCUCCUCCAAGGAUUGAUGGGCGACGGCGGCAGCUAUGAACCAUACAAUGUCGUUACCGAGGCUCCAGAGCCAGAGUGCGAUUAUGGCCAGCAGUACAACGGUCAAUAUUGCGAAAACAUCUGCGCCGACGGCGAGGAAUAUGGCGAAGAUGGCUGCUACACUCCUUGUGAUGAAGACCAGUGUGCUGCUGACAACGCUUGCCCCAACAACUCCAUCUGCACUGAUUUGUGCGAAGGCUACGAGUGCACUUGCGAGGAGGGCUACCACAAUCACGACGGCAAGUGCUGCCACGAUGAUCGAUGCGCCACCGUCGAGUGCCCAGCUAACUCAUCCUGCCAGAAUAAUGGAUGCACCAAGUACAAGUGCGUCUGCGAUGACGGCUACGUUAAGGACGCCUAUGGCGAGUGCGUCGAAGAAUGCGAUGUUGAUCCUUGCGCCGGAAACCCCUGCGGAGCCAAUGCCAAGUGCAACGCUCAAUGCAAGGGAUACGAAUGCACCUGCAAAAACGGCUACUCCGGUGAGGACUGCACUCCAGAUGACCUUUGCGAUUCGUACUACAAGCCAAACUGCAAAUCUUGCGAAAGAUGCAACAACGGCGAGUGUACACUCAAGGGCGGUUGGUACAUCGACGCCUACGGCAACUGCCAGAAAAAGGAGAACGAAUGUAUGCUCAACACGGACAACUGUGGUGACUAUGCCAACUGCGUCGACACCCUUGACGGUUACGAGUGCCAUUGUGCCGAUGGAUACGUUGAUGUGAACGGAGACGGUACCGAAUGUACCCAUCCUUACUACACCGAGACCGGAGAAUGCAACCUCGCCGAGUACUCCGCCUUUACCGACAAGAAAUUUGAAGCUGUUUCCUUCAAGACUUCGUACGAUCAUCAAACUGCCAUCCAUUACUGGAAUGAGAUCACCGCUCAGCUUUCCAAGCUUGGUGAAGCUGCUCGAGCCAUCAGCUGCGCACCAGAAGCUGGUAUCAUCGGAUGCAAGUGGAUCGAUUACACCAAGGAUGCCACUGCUUGCGAAUGGGUCCACACACUCGAAACUGUCAUCGAUCAAGUCAAGCCCAACUGCAACAACGAAUGGUCCGAGUUCUACCUUGGCAAACUUGACAAACUUCGAGAAGCAACUUGCGACGAGCCAAACGACUGUGAGGAUGGCAACCACAACUGCCACCCUAACGCUGACUGCAUCGCCAAGGCUGCCGUCUACGGUCAGACUUACUCCGGAUUCAAGUGCAAGUGCAAGGAAGGCUUCUACGGAAAUGGUAAAAAGUGCGAGCCAGAAAUCAACGAAUGUGACGAGGGUAUGCACAAGUGCCACCAACACGCUGAUUGUGUCGAUAUCCAGGCUGGUUACAAGUGCGUCUGCAAGGAUGACUACGUCGGAAACGGAUACAAAUGCUCAAUCCCAGUCAACGAGUGCGUUGAAGGAACUCACGAGUGCCACGACUACGCCGAUUGCUUUGACACUGACAAUGGCUACUACUGCAAGUGCCGUGGUAAAGAAGGAUACGUCGGCGACGGAAAACAAUGCACGGGACCUGAAGACGAGUGCGCCACUGGAACUCACACUUGCCACGAAGAAACCACUAUCUGCGUCAACACCUACGCUGGAUUCACCUGCAAAUGCAAGGAUGGCUACAGCGGCGACGCAAUGAAAAUGUGCUGGCCACCACUUACCUGUCCAGAUGGAUUCUUCGAUGAUACCUACCCUGGAGACUUCGACAACGGAUUGUGCUCAAUGAAAUACACUAAACCAUGCUGGGCCGAUUUGUACUCCACCAUCUACGCCGCUGGUGUCAAGGUCUGCAAGAAGAACGAUGCUGCUACUCGAUUCGCCCAGUUCUCCAAGGAAAUGUUCGCCCUCGGUAAGGCGUACGAGAAAAAAUUCGGUUCUGCUACCAGCCACUUCCCAACUUCUGAACGAUACGGCGCUGAAUGCGCUGUUGAGGCCGGUGCUGUCCCAUGUGAACUCCUCAACUUCAACGACAUUGUUGACGCACAGGACCUGUACAACCGAGUCGAGAGACUUUUCAACCACGUGUUCGACCAAUGCGAUCCCGUUUACAAGGCCAAGUGGGAGCAGUGGCUCGCUUACUACCAUAACGCUCUUAUCUGCCCAGUCAACGAAUGCAAGGACCCCAACCUUUACGAAUGUCACGAACACGCCACUUGCGUCGAUCGAGCUGUUGGAUACGAAUGCGUCUGUAACAAACACUACUACGGCGAUGGAAAAGACAGCUGCGAGAUGAUCGACUAUUGCUCUGAUUCAGGACUUUGCCCAGCUUACUCUACUUGCACCAACCUCAGCCCAGGAUACGAAUGCAGCUGCAUGGACGGAUACAUUAAGAGAGGCAGCAAAUGCGUCCAAGUCGACCCCUGCACCAUCAACCGAGGAGGUUGCCACGACCAUGCUACUUGCCACUCCACCCUCGUCGGCUCCGUCUACAACCACGUCUGCAAGUGCAAGGCUGGAUACACUGGUAAUGGCUUCGAAUGUACCCCUAUUGAUGCUUGCGCCGAGCACAACUGCGAUGAUAAUGCUUCCUGUGUUCCAUACAAGCAAGUCACCAGCGAACAAGAUUACGACUGCGUUUGCAACGAGGGUUUCACUGGUAAUGGUUUCCGAUGUGACGUCUACGUCGAUCCAUGUGUUGAUAUCACUUGCCCCGAAAACGCUGAGAAAUUCGCCUACCAGGAUGCUUACGGAAACGAGCAGUGCCAGUGCAAGUGCAAGAACGGCUUCAAGAUGGUUGGCGACAAGUGCGAAUCUACUGAUAAGUGCUACAAUGUCCAAUGCGGUGAGGGUCAAAGCUGUUACAAUGGAAUCUGCAGUGACAAUACCGUUAUUGAGAACCCAUGUGGAAACUGUCACAAGCACGCCUACUGUAUCACAAAUACUUAUACCAACACUCACAAAUGCGCUUGCGCCAAGGGCUACGAAGGUGACGGAUUCUACUGCAAGGAAGCCGCCAAAUGUAACACCUACUGCGCACAAGGAGCCGAAUGCCGAGGAGGUGUGUGCGUCUGCCCAGUCGGCUUCUGGUACGAUACACGAACCAAGAAGUGCGUCGACGUUGACGAGUGCAGUCCAAACAAGAAGGGCGAGACCAAGAACAACUGCAACCCACAGGCUUCAUGCAAAAACACCAACGGCGGCUUCAAGUGCACUUGCAAUGACGGCUACUUUGGAGACGGUGUCACUUGCCAGAAACAGGGCGGUGGCGGCAAUUCCGCUUACUCCGAGUCUGGAACCAGCAGCUACACUAGCCAUCGAGAGCCAGUCGAGAGUUCCUUCUACAACUACCAAGGAACGGACACCAGUCUCUACACAAGCCUCGGCGAUGGCGAAUGCUCGUUGAUGGGAUUCGAGUGGGGUAACCUUGAAAGGCUCAUGUCCCAACAGCAAUGGACUUCAAAUCCAGGUGUCGCCCAGAACUACAUGUCUCAGAUCGUCACCGAAUUCCAAUAUCUCGGUCAACAAGUCCUCGCCCGUAACAGCGCUCAAUGCGACCUCAACAAGGCUGGCGCUGUCAAAUGCUCACUUCUGUACUUCCCCCACACUGAACACAGAUGUCAGCUCGUCCAGCGACUCGCGGCGAUCUACGAGGAUGUCGCUGCGAACUGUAACAUGGCCUGGGAGCGCAAAUACGGUGACAUGAUGAACUACCUUCUCGCUAACAACCAAGACGGUAGAAAGGGUGCCGCCUGCGAUCCUGUCGAGUAUCUGCCUUAA